GGUGUCACUGUGUGACCUUUCUGUCAGGUUACCUAACCAGGUGACAGACUGUGACCUGACCCUUGAAUCGUCACUUUCAGGGUUACAGACAUUAAACUAAACCUCGUGAACCCCACGUGUUCCCAGGAAUCCCUUUAAAUGUCCCUCUGUGAGCCGCAGAUUGAGUUUUCUGUCUGCUUUCUGCCUGGUGGAUCAAGGCCCCCGACGUCCCUCCCAUCGAUCGCCUCCUCCCGUGUUCAGACCUGCGGAAGAAUCCGUCUGGGACACAUCAGCCCGUGACCCGAACCUGAUCGCCUCCAACUCAUCCAUCCAUCCAUCCAGCCGUCCGUCCGUCCAUACAUCCACCCAUCCAUCUUCUCUGUUCCAGCCCUCCUCCUCCUCCUCCUCCUCUCCGGAUCAACAAACUCUUCUGCACCGUUCGUUCCACAGACUGAGCUCCAUGGACCAAUCAUCAUGAGACUCUGCAACAACCCCCUUUCCCUGCUCCUCCCCGUCCUACAGUCCCCGCCACUUCCUCUGCUGCAUCGCUGCUGCCUGUCAACGCUCUUAGCCAAUGGCAGCACAGCAUCAUGGAGACGACUCAGCACGGAUGGCCCCGCCACUCAGCCUGUGAUUGGUCAGGACUCGGUGGAGGUGUUGGGCCACUCCUACCCCCGCGAUGACUUCACCAACGUCACGCCGAAGAUCUUGGCCAAGGUCGGCCGCAACCUCCACAACCGAUCCCAUCAUCCUCUGUGGCUGAUCAAGGAGCGAAUCAAAGCUCACUUCUACAGUGCCUACGUCGGCCGCUGGGGAAACCCUCUCUUCUCUGUCCAUGAUAACCUGAGCCCUGUGGUCACUGUGGAGCAAAACUUUGACAGCUUGCUGAUCCCACCCGGCCACCCCAGCAGAAAACGAGGAGAUAACUACUACCUGAACAGGAAAGUGAUGCUUCGCGCCCACACCUCCGCCCACCAGAUGGAGCUGGUGAGGUCCGGCCUGGAUGCCUUCUUAUUGGCCGGAGAUGUUUACAGGCGGGACGAGAUCGACGCCAGUCACUACCCCGUCUUCCACCAGAUGGAGGGAGUCCGACUCUUCUCCAACCACGAGCUGUUUUCUAAGGUGCCGAAUGGUGAGGAGCUGUCUCUGUUCGAGGGCGGAGGGCGGCGGACGCCUCAGAAACAGGAAACGCACAGUCUGGAGGCCGUCAAGCUGGUGGAGUUCGACCUGAAACACACUCUGACACGACUCGUCACUCACCUGUUCGGAGAAGAUGUGGAGGUCCGGUGGGUCGACUGUUACUUCCCCUUCACUCAUCCCUCCUUUGAGAUGGAGGUGCGUUUCCAGGGCGACUGGAUGGAGGUUCUGGGCUGCGGAGUGAUGGAGCAGCAGCUGCUGAACUCCGCGGGGGCGGGAAACAAGGCGGGCUGGGCGUUCGGCCUCGGCCUGGAGAGACUGGCCAUGGUCCUGUACAGCAUCCCAGACAUCCGGCUGUUCUGGAGUCAGGACGAGCGCUUCCUCAAACAGUUCAGAGUGCGGGACAUCCAGCAGCCCGUCUGCUUCCAGGCCCUCAGUAAAUACCCACCGCUCCACAACGACAUCUCCUUCUGGCUGCCACAGAGCGGAGAGAGCGAGGACGGGCGAGAGAGCUUCACAGUCAAUGACUUCCACGAGCUGGUGCGCUCCAUCGGAGGAGACCUGGUGGAGAAAGUCUCACUGGUGGACGAGUUCACACACCCGAAGACCGGUAGGCGGAGUCAGUGUUAUCGCAUCAUCUAUCGCCACAUGGAGCGAACUCUGACCCAGCAGGAAGUCCGACUCGUCCACGAGCAAAUCGAACGCACCGCCGAGACCGAGCUGGGCGUGCAGGGCAGAUACUGAGACACACACACACACACACACACACACACACACACACACACACACACACACACUCUCACACACACACUCUCACACACACACACACAGACCGGUACGUCAUCCACUCUCCUGUGUUUUCUCCUCUUCAGGCUGAAAAGUCCAAAUUUGACGCGUGUCAUCUUUAAUUUCCAAAAGCGUCCCGUGUGCGCGCGCUGAGCUGAGCCGGUGGUCACGCACCGGCUCAGCGCCUCACGACGCUUCAAACCGCCGCGACGUGUCGACUCUGAUUUUCUGACAGCAGCCGGACCUCAGCAGCUGUUCCCGCGACUGACGACAGACCAGAGAGACGGGUUAUAACGACAGCGGUCUCUUUGUUUCAGCAGAUGCGUGCAGAGUCGAGCGGGCCGAAGCCGCUGCAGACGAUCGCGUACGGCAGGUCCACGUACGCACGCUGCUAAAGGGAAAGCUGGCGUCGGCUGCAGAUCCUGAAUGUGGAUUUUAAUGUGUUGAAAUUGCAAACUAAAGGCUGACAUUAAACUCAAGUUAAAAUGGCUACAGCAUAAGCAGACGGGGAAAGAAACACAAGCAGUAUGUGCAGAAGUGUUGAGAGAAAUAAUACUAUAAAGACAGGACUCGAGUAUAACAAAGCGAUACAGUCCUUUAAUUAACACCUUUCUGCAGCGAGUUAAACAUUAGGUAACAUUUUGAAUUAUCAGGGAUCAUCGUGGGCACAACACGAUAAAAUGCGAUGUCUCGUUUUUAACAAGAAACAACUACGAUUCAAGCGAUUUAGAAUCGCAACAAAUCAAAGUGUUUCACAUUGCAGAGUUUUAAAAAACAGAAAUCACAACUCGCAAACUGAAGAAGAGUCGUCAGCCGCCGUUCAAAUUAACGUUCAGCGUUAACGCGUCAAACAAAACCUCGCUUCAGUCGUUUCUAAGCCCUUGGCCCUGUUUCUGUCGCCCCACAUGAAGAAACCACACUUUCGAUUUGUUCUGAACUUGAAUUUCUGAAUUUCAACAGUUUCAGAGCCGAAUGUAGUAAAACUCUUUCGGUGCGUUUCAGCCUGAAGUUACAGCGAGAGAGAGGAGGAGACGCUGAGCGCAAACACUCUGCAGGCUCUUUAUUCAUUACCAUAUUCAUUAUAUUAUAUUAUUAUUAUAAUAUUCAUUUGCUGCCAGCUGAACAGGAAUAAAGACGCUGCUGUUGGAGGUUACACAUACAAACAAUCAUAAAACAAACUCUUUCUUUCUCGUCACCGUUUUGAACUGAAGCUGUGGUUUGUGUGUUUUUUUCGGGUUUGUAUCUUUAGAUGUGAACAUUAAAACAGUUUGUCACGUG